UUCUCUCAUUCAGUCAGCCGCCAUUGAUCGCACCGCACACACCGAAAAAGACCGGUUCUGUUCUCGUGAAGUACGCGCGGAAAAUUUACUCCUUUCUCUGGGCCAAACUUUCCAUGAGUGAUUGCAAAGAAAAAAGUAAAAGUGAGCGUUUGUUGUACUGAAAGUAUCGACAAUUGAUCAAAUAUCAGGAAGUGAUUGAAGACUACGCAGUGUAAAACGGAACAACCGCAGGAACAAUUCAAGAAAAGCUAGUGUUACUCGGUUUGUUGUGAAUUUAUAAGUCUACGAUUGCUACUAGAGGUGUUGCGUCAUUCAAGGGAGAGAGAGAUAACGGAUGCAGUUUUUCCAGCAACUCUCACUGUGCAAAUCGAAACUCAGCUUGAUAACUGGAUGCCGGUGGGUAGCGAAAUCAUAAAUCCCAGCAUAAAGUUACCAGUUGAAAUGAAGAAACCACUUGUGGUGAAAUAGAGACAAAAAUCUGUAAUAAACCUUAUCCAACUAGUGCGGUCUGUGAAACUUGAAAAACUGGCGAGGAAGCUUCAGUGACUACAUAAUUAUUACAACACCAACAUGACAAAAACGAGAGGCCGUGGAAAAAUGGCCCCAGGAAGGCUACUUCCCCUGGUACUGCUGGUGAUGCUGUGCAACGACGUUGGUGCAACAUUGCCACCAACAGAUGAUGAAGUGUCAGCAGCAGUUUUAAACAAGGAUUACGUGGGCAAGAAAAUUUUACCCGAUUUAAGUGAGAUAAAGCUGGAUGCGGUUCCCGAGCCUCAUCGGGGAGCAGCCGAACAAUUCAGAGACCUGUGGGAGGAAUACCUCGACGGGGUUAAAGAUUACGAUGUAGUUAAAGAUAUUCCAUUCACGUUGAUCGUCCCGGAUAGAAUCGAUCGGCUCGCGUUCAAAGACAAUAAGCCACGUGCUCGGGAAUUCCUAAUGGAACACGUCAUACCGGGCGCCUUGAUGGAGAUGAAAGAUCACAACGUGUAUGGUAACAUGAAUCGACAUCCGGUGGGAGUGAAUCUGACCUGCAUCAAUAUGUUGAUGGGAUACGUACUAAGAUACAUGACGAACCAGGAGACGAAGUAUGCCGCCCGGUAUAACGUGAGCGAUUCGCUAACUAUGGUGUUCAUCGAGGGUAAUCUGACAGAGAACAAAGCCAUCAACACCAAUAAGUUGAACAAACGAAAUAUCCAGGAGAAUAAUAGAUACAACGAACCUCAACGGUUGGAAAUGAAGAAUGCCACCAAAGAGUUGGCGGCGGUCAAGGAGAACCGGAUCGGGCAGCAUCUGAUGAACUUUCUGGCCAGUUUAAAAUCCGGUGCCAAGGUCUUCCAGCAUUUUCUGUCGAACAGUAACCUAAGUCAACUUCUGGACGAUAGUUCAUACAUGGUUCUUAUUCCAUCGGAUACGGCCUUUCAGCGGUGGCAUCCGAUCGACUGGGGCUUCUAUCCGUUCAGCGUGCAAGAGUUCACGGAAAGUGUACUGAGAAAUCAUUUCGUUCGAGUGAGGCAACCUCUACGGAUGGCUGAUCUGAGGACAAUGUCCACGGAGCAGAAAUUCAAGACUCUCGGUGGAGAGUAUGUUGUACUUAAAGGCAGGGCUACACCAACCGUAAACAACGCAUCUAUAUUGUAUGACUACACGCUAUCCAACGGAAUCGAAGUAUACAUCAUUUCCGAAGUUCUGUUUGUGUCGGAGGCAGUCGUGUCUCGGUUACAUCAGAUGCAUAAAGACAAGGAAACUCCUCCGUUGCUAGCCUUCCCCUGGUUCGGCGCCCAGUUCCUAUCGCACUCCUUCCUGGCACUGGAACGUGACAAUCGGUUCACUCAGAUCACGCGAUUUCUCAAUACGGCAGAAAUCGCUCAGUACAUAUCCGGUGCCAACUACACCUUCUUCGUGCCUACGGACGAAGCCUUCGAACGAUACAGCUUCGACAUUCUGCCGGAUAGCGUGCUUGCCUCGGAAAAGGGCAUUAAACUGUUGCUCAAUCACUUCAUCAAGGGUCGCCUGUACGAUCGGGAUCUCCGGGAUGGCGAAGUGAUGGACACGAUCGGAGGGUCGCCGGUAAAAAUACACCGGACCUUCGAUAACAACGUGACAGUGAACAACGCCAAAAUCAUCGAAUCGGAAGUGUUUGUCUACAAUUUGGGAACCAUGUUUUACGUGAGCGAUGUUCUCUAUCCAGACAUCCUUAGGGACGAAGUGGCUGUCAUAACGGAAAUGAAAAAUCCCGAUAAAAAUAUGCCACCGGAAGAUACUGGUGACGUUUUUACGACCGAAGGUGUCCCAGCAGAUCGACGUACGUCUUCAACGACCCACCGGACGUAUUUCACGACGAGUGCCGACGUGGAGUUUGUUCCGCUGGAAAUUACCGAGCAAAGCGGCAAAGAUGACGAUUUUUUGCUGCACGACGAUGAAAUUAUCACACCGAAAGCGUUGCCAGUUAAGUACUAUUUUGCGCCGAAAAAGUAAGAUUUUCAGUAAAUGUUUAAGAUUGUUUGGACAAAUAGUGAGGUGAAUGAUAGAAGUUAAGUGCACUAAAACUUUUAGAAUUUUGGUGACUGUAGAUUUUGUUUUGAAAGAAGUAAGACGAGCUAUGGAGAGAUGUUUGAAAUAAGUUUUUUCUAAAGGUGGAAAUGAAAAUUUGGUGUUCGAAAUAGGGCCAACUUUGAACCGAACACAGAACGCGAUUAUUUUUAUCGAGUCAUCCACGAUAUGUAAAACCAAAUUAAGUGCAUUUGUUGCAUUGGAAUAUAAAUAAAUCACGUAGCAUUAGCGAUGAAAAGAAAAGUUUGACAUUUUGUGAUGAUAAGUGACAAUAGGACUUGCUUAUGGUAAGCUAUGAAGCUUUUUGAUGUUCUUCAUGAGAAGACUCAUCUAACAACUGAAACAUUAUGGAAUAACUCUACAGUCUAUAGCUGUCUGACGCUAUACAUGACAAUCGACGAUUUUGGCUCCAUAACUAAAAAUUCAUCGAUCAACUCUACUAGCAUCACAGAGCAAAAUACAGUGGUGAGAGAGUGGGCCGUAUUCUGCGCGGCAUGUGACGUGAGACGACUAAUCUCACCUCACUUCAGGUGACUUUUCUCACCCUAUUCUGAGAGUCGACUCGGGUGAGGUGAGAUUCCCCAAUGCGGUUAAAUGAGCGUCUCACGUCACCCGAAGUGACUCUUCAGAAUCGGGUGAGAAAAGUCACGUAGAGUGAGAUGAAAUUAGUCGUGUCACGUCACACGCCGCGCAGAAUAGGGCCGAGUAUCUAACUUUUUACACAUAAUGGCGGCUUACAUCGUUAUAUUCGUAGUUCGUUAAUCGUUCAGAAUUGAUAAUAGUUAUUUACGUCUCCUUGGAUCGGAAUGUCGGGCGUUCAUUGAGUUAUUUGACGUCUAGGAUACGAACACAUUUGCAGCGUAUGUAGACAUAUACGCAUACGAAAUAAGAAUGUGCGCGGGAGAUUUGCCAUAUGAUUUAACCCCAUUUGUCAAAAAUUCCACCCAAUUUAACCUCAUACUCGCCGUAACACAACUGCACAUGUUUUUUUAUUCAGUGUAUACUUACCGAUUAGUUGUUUACAUCAAUUGCUCCAGCUAUUUUUAAUUUUUGACGAGUUUUGUGAAGUUUAAUCGUUGUUUAUCGACUGGGAAUUUUGUUUUACUGUUAUUAUUGUGCAGUAUAAAGACACUGAAUCCCUCUGGAUAAAGACUCGCCAUCUCUAUCUUUUUCGUAGUUAAAAUCCGUUGUGUCACUGGAGCCGGAAUACGAGCUGGGAUCAGCCAGAAUCCCGGCUUAUUUCCGAUUGUAAUUUACUGGGUCCCGUUAACCAUCUGAUAUCCUUCAGGAAGGUUUAAGGUGUACCAGUGCGAUACGGCUUAGCCGCAUAACCUAGGCACAAAACCGCUAGGACCUACCGGGUAAGAUAGCCGCCAACCCGUCGUCGGAAGCAAGCGAACCUGUGAUCCUGUAAACACAAAUGAACACUCCGGAUGAACCUUUCGUUAAUUGACAUGUCGAUGACUUUUGAUUCGAGUCAAUAAUAGGUACCCCAUUUUCCACCGAAUGCAGAGCCAUCUAUAUUUCAUUGUCUGCAUUCUCAGAUCGGCACGCAUUCCCGGUCAAACCAUUCGGAAUUUGAUUCGGAAUCCUGAAUGGAGUCAUGGAUUCCAAAUCAAAUGCAACAACUGAUUCCG